UGAAUGACUGUGAUGAUUUCUGAAUUACAAGGAACAGUGAUAAACUAGGGAUUUUUUUGUAUACUCAGGGACAGUUUAUGUUACACUGACUUGUGCAUUUCGGUAUGGACAAGAAGACAUUGAUGUGAUGGGACUAACCUUCCGCAGGGAUCUGUAUUUCUGCCGAAUGCAGGUGUACCCUCCUAAGGAUAACAGGAAACCUGAAACGAAACUUCAAGAAAGUCUAAUGAAAAAACUUGGUGGCAACAGCUACCCUUUCACUUUCACGUUUCCUGAUAAUCUGCCCUGUUCAGUUUGCCUCCAGCCUGCCUCUACAGAUGUGGGGAAGGUAUGUGGAGUUGACUUUGAAAUCAAGGCUUUCUCAACUGAUAAUCUAGAAGAGAGAAUUCAUAAAAGGAACUCUGUCCGAUUACUCAUUCGCAAAGUUCAGUAUGCACCUGAGAAACCAGGACCUCAGCCCAAGGCUCAGAUCAAGAGGCAGUUUAUGAUGUCAGAGGGAACACUGAAUGUAGAAGCAUCCCUUGAGAAAGAGGUGUAUUAUCAUGGGGAGCCCAUCCAUGUCAAUGUGAUUGUAACCAAUGACUCUAACAAGACUGUGAAAAGCAUCCGACUGACAGUGGAGCAGGUGGCCAAUGUGGUGCUUUACUCUGAUGAUAAAUAUACUAAGACAGUGGCUGCAGAGGACUCUGAUGAUGAAAUACCACCUGGCUCUUCCCUGUCCAAGAUAUUCAUCCUUUUGCCCCUAUUGGCUAACAACCGAGAGAGACGCGGUAUUGCUCUAGAUGGAAAACUGAAACAUGAAGACACCAACCUGGCUUCCAGUACCAUACUUAAACCAGGGAUCGACAAGACAGUGAUGGGAAUACUGGUGUCCUACAAAAUGAAGGUGAAGGUGGUGUUUCCUGGAGUCCUUGGUGACCUGUCUUCCAGUGAUGUCACCGUGGAAUUACCUUUCCGUCUUAUGCAUCCCAAACCAUCAGGAAAAGAAAGUGAACAGAAUGAGGAGCUGAUAUUUGAAGAGUUUAAUCGGCAGUGCCUCAGAGGAUUACUUGGUGAGGGUGACGAUGAAGAAGGUUCUGGAAAAGAUGAAUAAGCAUGCAGAGUAUGAAAACGAACACUCUUUGAGGAAGGAUGAAAACUGAUAAUUUAAAGUUAUUGUGAUUUACAUAGCCCCCCCCCCCCAACUAGGGGGAGAUGUUGACUCUUGCCUUCUUAAAUAAGAAACAUUUUUUAUUCUUAGAUAUGGGAUUUUGAGUCCCAUAGUUUUAAAUCACAAAACAGAAUGGGGCUUUUUGCUACAAUAUAUGUGAUAUACUGGUCAGAUGACUUUUAAAGGUGAGAAUUUCUUUUUAACAGAUUCAGUACUUUUGGAUAGUUCAAAAUUAAACUACUACACAACUGUGUAAUUUUGACCUCUGGAGCCCCUUGGAAGGCAGUAGUUACAUUGUCAGUUGUAGUAGUUGUAUGCUUAAUAAACCUUUGUACUGA